AGGGCUGGGAGGCAGCAGUUGGAAGUUGGCAGGUGGAGAGGCAGGUUGGGAGGGGGAGUCGGGGGAGGAGGCGGAAGAGUUGCUGUCGGAAGGGGGAGGAGGGAGGGAGGAAAAGAGGAGGAGGCGGUGGAGAUCUGAGCUGAACCGAGCAUCGAGCCAAAGGGGAGAUGAGUUUGUCUGUCCUCGGCUGAGGCUCCGGCCGGGCCUAGGGAACUGGGAGCUCGGGUUGGAGCGACACCCGUGGAAGUGGGAGGAGGUGGCUCUGGGACUUUAACCCCUUGUGGGCUCUGCGGCAGGGGAUUUAACCCUUUGUGGAUUCGGCCCCUCGGAGGCAGCGUCAUCGGGUAGUUUUAACCCCUUCGGGGCUGGGUUUAACCCAUUGGACUUAACCUCAUCUCCUUGGCCACCAACUCCUCGAUCGUGGGGGCGCUCUGCGGGGAGGUUUGAGGUCCACCCCCUUUGCACAUUACGUACUGUUACUGCUGCUGCACCCCCCCGGACCCGCUUAGCUGGCCGCGUUGUGGGCACUUAACCCUUUAUUGACUUGAGCUCUCCCAAGUUGCAAUUGGAGUUUGUUGACAGAAGGACUGGCUAAAGGCGUCACUGCAGGAAUUACAGACCGAAGAGGACUCUGCUGGACGUUUUUUAAAAGAAAAGAAAAGCCUCUUUUUUCCUUAAGGACUUACAGCCAAAAUUUUUCAAACUUCGAGAAGAGGACUCUAUUAGCCAUGGCCGAGCCACUCUUGUCAGAAUACCAGCACCAGCCUCAAACUAGCAACUGUACAGGUGCUGUUGCUGUUCUUGAAGAGCGGAACCCCGAUCGCCCCCCAGGCGCGGAGGAGCGGGUGCCCGAGGAGGACAGUAGGUGGCAAUCGAGAGCGUCCCCCCAGUCGGGUGGCCGUCCGGGGCAGGAGGGGGAAGGGAGCUUGGAGCCCCAGUCGCCUCCCCUGCAGACCCCGGUCCGUCCAGAAGCUAACUGCCCGGAAGCAAGCGAGAAGGGCCAGAAUAGGGAUGAUUUGUCCGCUGGCGGAGCCCCCCUGCCGGCAGCCGGGGGAGAACCGAGGCCCGAGGCCGAGCCGCUCGCACAGCCAUGUCACGACUCCGAGGCCAACAAGUUGGGGGCUCCUGCUGCAGGGGGCGAGGAGGCGUGGGGACAGCAGCAGAGGCAACUGGGCAAGAAAAAACAUAGGAGACGCCCCUCCAAGAAGAAGCGGCAUUGGAAACCGUACUACAAGCUGACCUGGGAGGAGAAGAAAAAGUUCGACGAGAAACAGAGCCUGCGAGCCUCAAGGAUUCGAGCUGAGAUGUUCGCCAAGGGCCAGCCUGUCGCACCCUAUAACACCACGCAGUUUCUCAUGGAUGAUCACGACCAGGAGGAGCCGGAUCUCAAAACCGGUCUCUAUCCCAAGCGGGCCGCUGCCAAAUCCGACGACACCAGCGAUGAGGACUUCAUGGAAGAAGCGGGCGAGGAGGAUGGGGGAAGCGACGGGAUGGGAGGAGAUGGCAGCGAGUUUCUGCAGCGGGACUUCUCGGAGACGUACGAGCGGUACCACGCGGAGAGUCUGCAGAACAUGAGCAAGCAGGAGCUCAUCAAGGAGUACCUGGAGCUGGAGAAGUGCCUCUCGCGCAUGGAGGACGAGAAUAACCGGCUGCGGCUGGAAAGCAAGCGGCUGGGAGGCGACGACGCGCGUGUGCGGGAGCUGGAGCUGGAGCUGGACCGGCUGCGCGCCGAGAACCUCCAGCUGCUGUCGGAGAACGAACUGCACCGGCAGCAGGAGCGAGCGCCUCUGUCCAAGUUUGGAGACUAGACUGAAACUUUUGGGGGGGAGGGGGCAAAGGGGACUUUUUACAGUGAUGGAAUGUAACAUUAUACACAUGUGUAUAUACGACAGCGGACCUUUUUAUGACACAUAAUCAGAAGAGAAAAUCCCCCCGGCUUUGGUUGGUUUGGUAAAUUUAGCUAUGAUGUAGCUUGCGUGCUUUUUUCCUGUUCUUUAAUUAUGUGAAACUGAAGGGUUGCUUUUCUUGUUUUCCUUUUUAGUUAGGUUUUUUUUUUUUUUUUUUUAAUGUGUAAGUAACUUGACCAAGUUAUGAUGCAUUUUUUCUGUUAAAAAUCCCCUCCUUAAACGGAGCUAUAAGGUGGCCAAAUCUGAGAACCAUUAAAUUCAUUCUAGUUAUAAUAAAUUUAAUAUUUGUAAAUGUAA